AUGGCGGCCUMUUUGUCCAUUAUUUUCGUUGUCCUUUURUUUCUUUUCUCGUGCAAACCGUCUCUAUCUUURUAUGAAGAUCAAGUUGGUCAAAUGGACUGGAAAAAGUCCUUUCUUGGUAAAGUGAAGUUCUCUCAUUUUGAUGUUUCUUCACACAGUAGUAAGCGACUUUUCGUUGCUACCGAGUCCAACGUCUUGGCUGCAGUUAACUCACGAACUGGGCAGAUUAUGUGGCGAGUUGUACUUGAAGAAGCUUCAGGRAAGAUAGAUGCCCUUUUACAUCAAGGUAGCUUUCUUAUUACYAUCUCUGGAUCUGGUAAAUUUGUUCGAUCGUGGGAUACAGCAUCUGGAAGUUUGUUAUGGGAAGCCAUGAUGUACCCUGGUCCUGCUAACCCAAAAGACGUUCUAGUUAGUGGCUGGAAUGGAAUCACUGCUGCUUUACUAGAACAUAAAGGAGAAAAGACUGUAGUUGUUCUUUCUCAAAACUUGGUGAAAUCAUACUCUCUCCAAGAUGGCACUGAAUUWUGGGGUUAUGAGCCCUCUGAUAAGACAAUUCAUUUGCAUACUAUUACACAUUCGCAAGGCAUAGUCCAAGCCAUAGGAACAAAGAAUGAUUUAGARGUAGUUAUUCACAGUAUAACAGCUGACAAAGGCGCACUUCAGUCAUCUGUAGAAAUUCCUGUCCAGUGGAUUGGUCUAGAAUCACCAAGCUGUCUCAUCGCUAAACGAAGUCUUGUCUGUGUUGAUUCCUCUACACUUGUUUUCCAUAUUAUAAGCCUGGAAAAUGAAUCCAAGGAGUCCAUAGAUAUCCCAUUAUCAWCAUUUACUAGUGAAAGUAUCUCAGGUUCAAAGCUUCAGCUACAGGCUCUUGGAUCUCAUACAAACUCCUGGAAUUCACGAAGUGAGUUUGUACUCCACUUUUCUGACACUCAACUCCUUCUCUUUAGCAUGGAUACUGACACUUCUCUUAAAGUCCUUAAAGAAUACAACACCAAAACUAUUUUGUUCAGUUCAGUUCUAAACAAUAGAGCAAUCCUAGUCUCUAUGACGAUGGACAAUAUGAUGAUCCAGUUGCGCUGUACUGACCUGGACACCAMCAGUGAACUUUCUGACAUGGCCCAAAAGGUGCGGCUUGAUAGCAAUCACCAUGGUUACCCAACUGAUGGCACUGUUUAUUUGUUUUCCAAGAAGGAUCAAAAUCUGGGUUACCGUGUGUUCCUGCUGACCAGUGAUCAUGCCAUGUCUCUAAUUCAACAAACAGGGAGAGUAAUGUGGUCACGAGAAGAAGCCUUAGCUGGCAUUUCUGCUGUUGAUGUUGUAGAGUUGCCAUUUUCUCCAGCGCAAGCCAACUUUGAUACAUUACAAGAAGAAUUUGGGUCAAACCCUCAAGAUGAUGUAUUAUCAAUGUUUAUAAGAAGGAUUCGUGCCCAAGCCAAGCAAUUCCAAGCACUUGUCAAGCAAUUUCAGGCAUUUGUGAAUGCACAACAAGGACAYACCCCUGCACCAGACGUAACAACAACAGAAGAAGAGCAGUUAACGAGAGACCAGUUUAAUCUGCGUAAACUGAUACUCACUGUUACUGAUGCGGGUAAAAUGUUUGGAUUGGAUUCUUUAGAUGGCAGUAUCCUAUGGAAGUCCUUCCUCCCAGACUUGGCCCCAUUCACUACAAACAACAAGAACUUCUACCUUCUCUACACACAGCGAACAGUCGCUCACUUUCCUCUCCCAGCUCAGUGUGUUGUUCUUGGUAAAUCAAGAAAAACGGGUGGUACAAUUUUGUAUGUAUUUAACCCUGUGAAUGGCAAACCAUUGGAUAAGAAAGCACCACAAGGAACUCUUUUACCUUUCAAAGUYACACAGUCAAUGCUUCUCCCUCAAAUAGACAGCAAGCAUGCCAAACUUCUGCUGCUGCUGGACUCAGACAAGAAAAUCCAUGUUUUCCCCGACACAAAGGAAGCCAAUGGAAUAAUCUCAAAACAAGUCAAUUCGCUGUUCUUUUAUUUGGUUGAUAAAGACMAAGGUUCUCUYACUGGUUACGUGACACAAGCUUCACAGGACAACAAAUUGCUGCAUGCUAAAGAAAUGUGGAACAUCCACAUCCCUCCAACACAGCAGCAAAUUACAACACUUGGAAUCAAAAGCCCAGCUGAACAUGUYCAUUCACAAGGRAAAGUACUGGGUGACAGACGUGUCCUGUACAGAUACCUUAACCCUAAUCUCAUAUCAUUGGGAACAGAGUCCAUAUCUGAUGGAAAACCUAGCAUAUCCAUCUAUCUGAUUGAUGUUGUCACAGGUCUCAUUGUGUACACCAAUAGACAUAAGAAUGCAAAGGGUCCAAUCAGAAUGGUUCAUUCAGAAAACUGGAUGGUCUACUCUCUGUAUAAUACUAAAUCUCGUCGUCAUGAGUUAGUAGUUCUUGAGAUGUAUGAAGGAUAUAAGGAAAGAAACAGCACUGCUUUCACAUCACUGRAUCCACCCCCACAGCCUCUAAUCCUCCAACAGUCUUACAUCUUUCCAACUGCAAUCAGAACCAUGACAGUAACCAUCACAGAACGUGGAAUCACUCACAGGAACCUUUUGAUGGGAUUACAGAGUGGUUACAUAGUGAGUCUUUCCAAGAACUUUCUAGAUCCAAGAAGGACUUUUAAUCCAACUCAGGAAGACMGAGARGAAGGACUUUACCCUUACACACCAGAACUUGCUUUGAAUCCUUUGGCUUUUAUCAAUUAUAACCAAACAGUUACCCAUAUUCAUGAAAUCCACACAGCYGCUUCAGGACUUGAGUCAACCUGCCUGGUAUUCACCUAUGGCCUUGAUUUGUUUUGGAUUCGUGUUACACCUUCACGUAUGUUUGAUGUAUUGAAGGAAGACUUUGAUUACUGGUUGAUUGCUGGAACUCUUCUUAUUCUUGUGUUGGUUACMAUAGUAUCCAAUCGACUAGCUUCUAUGAAAAUGCUGCGCCUUGCCUGGCAAUAAAGCAACUUUAAUACAGACACUUUCAUGGACUUUCCAUGGACAUUAUUUGAAUCGACUAACUGACUUGCUUUGUGGAAAAAAUAUUGAUGGUAUUAAGCAGUGUGGCCCAAUGUUUUCUGGAUCAUUGUAAGGCAGUGUAUGUAUGUUUCAAGCAUCUUGUGGCUCUAAAAAGACUCUUUUUGCCUCAUGAUGCAUACAAACAAAAGGACAUUUUCAAACURCCUAUAAAGCGAGUACUAAGUAACAAGAUUAUGGUAAAACUUUCCAAGACAUUUUGUUGCUUAUCUAUUACUUAGCAACAGAUURUUAGUAUGUAUUCUUGUACUUUGCCUUUGCAAAUGUUAUAUUGUAUUUCAAGGAUAUUUAUAUUUAUUAGACAUCAAUGAUUUCAAUACASUUGUGGAGAAAAAGAUUUCUUGGAGAUGUAGUAACAAACAUAGUGAACUUGAUUGCGUCACACUGUCAAUGAUGUACACAAAAUGAUUCAAUAUGGUGAAUAGGAACAUAUUUAAAUAGUGCAAAACUAUAAUUAUGAAUGUAAAAUAUUAUUACAGUGAUUGUCUUUCAUCUUUUUAAGGAUAGUAAAGGUAUAGGUGUUAGAAAGUAGCUCUACCAACAAGUGCUUAAACGAGAUUGUCAUUCCUUUCCAUUGACUAUGAAAAUCACUACCAUUUUAAUYACAGUAGUUCUUACAACUCAUCAAAAGUUAGUUGCAAUAUAAUUCUUGAUAAGCUGAACUGGCUCAAAAACAUSUAUGUACAACAAAAUUCUACAUUAAUAUUUACUAAUAAAAUUUGCUAGAUUUUGUUCCUUUAAAUGUUUACAAUUUAAAUAAAAAUAAACGAAAUUUA